GGGGCGGCCCUCCCGGGACCCAGGCCCCGGCCCAUGCGGGACGCCCCCCGAUCGCCGGAGUCCCCGGGCCAGGGCGCAGCGCCCCGCCGGCGCGCCGGAGCCGGAGCCCGCGGAGGAGGAGGAGGAGGAGGAGGCAGGGGAGGAGGAGGAGGAGAAGGAGGAGGAGGAGGAGGAGGAGGACGGGACCUCGCCGAGCCCGCGUCGCCGCGCCUGCCCGCUCCGGAGUCGGCUGCGCUGGACGCCGCGCCCCCGGGGAGCCCGCGCCGGACCCCCGCGCCGCGCGCCCCGGCCGGCCGCUCCGCCGCGCCCCCCUGCCCGCUGGCAGCCUCCUCGGCCCAGGAAGUAUUAUGAGGGAGGCCGAGGACUCGGUGCACCGGGCAGAGACACGGCGCUGCGACUAGGGCUGGCCAUUUCCGAGAGGAUGCUGGGAUUCUGCAGAGGG